GGUGUGUUGCGGGCGAGGGCAGCGAGUGACCCUGCAUGGACAAGUGGGGACUGAAGGGUGAUCUGGGACCUGACAGUCACCCGCCACUAACCAAGCAACCAAGCAACCGAGCGCUCAGGCAAAGUCAACUCAGCUUCAGUUGCGGGGUGACGGGGGGUGGAUGCAAGCCUCCGCGAGUCGGCGACCGCUCUCAGCCCGUACCCCCCGAGGGUUGGGGCGGUGUGCCGAGGUAGGCAAGCGGCUGGCUGGCUUGGCGGGCCGCAGCGAGCCGGGAUUUAGUGAGCUGUGGGAUGUUGUGGAGAGGGGACGUGCGACGCUACGGAGCGCUCACUCGUCCUGGGCCGUGCUCACCCGCUGCCUGUACCUUGGGUCCCGUCGUGGCUUAAUUCCGGACUGGUGAUUCCGCUCCUCCUCGCUAAAAUAUCCUCUUUGCCAGCGAGACAAAGAAAUAUUUUACGUUAUGGACGCGAGGUGUUGAAUGGAUUAAGUGUUCCUAAAGUGCAAUGUGACUUUUAAAGUUACUUCCUCACCGAAGUAGACUUUACAAAGUUAUAAUUGUGAGCAAGGACUAGAGUGAGCGGUGUGCUGUUCGCCUGUCAUCACCAUGAUCGUGUGCACCUCAUACCAAGAAGAAAGACAUAUCGUCCAAAACGAAGUGCAGUAUGUGUAAGAUGGAAAUGCUUGGCCAUCAGUAGACUCGGCGUUGUUUACUCAGUAGAGUCCUGGCAAGCAGCGUCUGCUCCCCUCGCCGCACCUCCAUCCGGGCUUCGUGCCUGACUCGGGAUGUGUGUGUUAUGGACGUUAUCGCCUUGUACGGCGCCAAGCCUACACGCCCUCCCCUUGCAUACCAAACGCCCCAGCUACACGCCAUGCCACUCCCUUCACUUUGGUGGCGGCGGCAGCGUGAGCGUGGCUACCUGCGAGCACCGCUUCUCCUCCUCGGGCGGCGCGCCCCCUCCCUACUCCAGGCUUCCCCCAGACGGACAUGAGUUCCCCAGCAACUACGCCGAGGGUCUACCAGAUAAAAUGUCUCGCUACGCCCGCUACUCCCGCCUAGCCAUGGAGCUAGACAGUCCCGGCAGUCCCCCUCCCUCCGCCACCACGCCACGCACCCGCUCAGCUCCGGGCACUCCCCUCGGCCCACCCCCACCCAUACCUCGUUCUUCCCCCACAGCCAGUAAGACCUACAGCAGUGACAGGACCUUAGAUUCAGGCAACAACAAGUGGACGGGAAAUGAAGAACGCAAGUCAAGGGAACAAACUCCCACACGAAGCCGUUGGCGCAGACAGGACGAACGCAGCGAGAAGAGUGUCCGAGAUAAGAUCGCCAUGUUCUCUACAGACGGCCCUGACCAGCCCCACCCUAAAACCAGGAAGCUGGAUAAGCAGGAGAGUGAAGAGGGAACGAUGAAGCGCUCCUUCACUGAGGACGACGUUCGGCUUGAUAACUCUGCUAGCUCCAACUCCAAAUCUGGCCGCGAGCCCCACAGCAGCUCUCGGUCCCUAAGCAAGACCUCUGUGUUUAGCUCCAUGAUCAAUGUUAGUACUUCUGAGCCUAAAGAUAACACCAAGCACAUGUCAACAGCAUCCAGUGAGGUGGAUAUCAGACAAGACACACCACCAACUCCACGGAGCCACGGCAUGCGAGAGGAAAAGAGGGAUGAUGAGUCUAGUUCAAGCGGUCUCCACUCACGCUCACAGUCUCUGAUUGACAUAGGUAGAACAUCUCUUACAAAGCGUCACAGUGUUGGUGCCUACGACCGACCUUCCGUAUACCAGUACGGAAUUGAAAAGCCAGAGGAGCGAGAGCGCCGCACGUCACUCACGAAUCUGAUAGAACAGAGAAGGAAAAGCUUCGGCUCAAAACUUCUUGGACUGGUGAUUCCUGAGAGUCGUGGAAGCGAGGGGAGUGACAAGGCCUCCAUCGACCUGCCUCGUAUCUCCAGUGUACCGCCAACAACAGCCUCCAAAACCAUGUCCCUCCCACGUGAAGGUCAGCGUUCUCCCAGGCUCUACAAGGCAGAUUCUAUUUCCAGCAUCGAUUCUUGUGAGUCUAACACCAGUAGACACAGCUCCCUCAAUGCUCCGCCAUGGAAGAGCCAUGGCACCAGCACUUUACCCAAAUAUUCACCUGCAUUUAAGCGAAAGAAUAUGAGUGUAUUUAGUAAGUCAGAUAACCUCCCCCCACUUAGUGGUCGCUCUCACAGCGCAUGCAGCACCUCACCUACUAGUGACUUGUCACAGCCGUCUCCUACCCCUCCAUGUCACUCUCCUCCCAAGAGCUUAGAGACCAUUUCUCCACCCAGUUCAGAGCACACUUAUGACAUGAACGAUGGCAGAUAUAACAGUGAUAGGCACAGUUACAGUAAGCUGCCUCUCUCCCAGAAAAAUUCAUACGAGUCUCGCCAUAACAGAGCCGAAGACAGUGACAAUGACUCUGCAGUCAGCUCUACACAAUCCAGCUACUCUCAGGGCAUGUCACCCCCAUCCUCCCCGAUGCCUGAACAGGACGAGCUUGAGGACCGUCGUGGCAGAGGUUACAGGUCACGGUUAUCUCAACAAAAUUCAUUGGAUGACCAGGAUGCCGCUAGAAGAGUUCUGAAGCGUGGAAGCAUUGAGGCAGAAAACAGAAGGAAUGUGAUCAAUUCUGCGAGAUGCAGCUCAGGAAGAAACAGUGACGAACACCAGACUCCGGAAAUAAUCCGCAAAUACUCCAGUUCCUCGGACAGAGGGGAAGAUUCAGAUCGGUUUCCUAAUCGGCUAGACUCUGAGCUACGGGAGGGACCCAAGGUGACUGGCUUGCGGCGCCAAGCGUCUACUUCAUCAACUUCAUCCACAGCCUCAUCUCGACGAUCUUCUCAUGAUUCAUCCAGACGGAACUCGAAAGACUCUGUCAUCCACGUCACCAAGUAUGACGAAGCGAAGGUGUCUGCGGAGCCUGUUUAUUUUGACCAGGAGGGAGAAAUGUACAAGGAAUCGCAGUUAAAAGUUGCUUAUGUAAAUGAAAUCACUGAUGAUUUUGAGCAACUUAACGAAUGCAACAACAAGGAUGUAAUCGCUGAAGUCCAACUCUCAUCACCACCCUCGCGGCGGACUACGGAGGCUUCGGAUUCCUCUGACACAAGCCAAGGUGUGCCAUCCAAUCCCAGGAGGGGAAAUCGUUGGGCUGAACUGGAGAUGAAAUAUGGAUCAACCAACUCCACUUCAGAUAUAGAAUCAAAAAUUCAACGAAUGAGGAGGGCCUCCGAUUCAAGCUCCCCUGACCACACCAAGAAAAAUUCAGGUGGAUUCCGCGCCUUGGCAGAGAAGUGGCAACAGCGUGCUGAAGAAGACACGGCAGCGCCUCCCCAACCAAACCUGGCUCGCAGGGAAAGCAAUGGUCGACUUGAGGCCUCUGUUCGGUCUUCACGCCAGUAUGAGGAACGAUCGGCAACGACAUCUACUCAGGAGAAGCCGACGCGUCCCUCCAGACUGUACGAUAACCAGUCUGACGUGGAUGGGGCUCAACCAGCUCAGUCAGAUCUCCAUAGCGAAUCUACCCAGUCUUCGUCCAACAGCCUCAGUAGCAGUGGUGACACUCGCGCCGAGAAUCUUGAUAUUCCUCGGGCAGAAGUUCCUGAUCGCAAGCUCUCGAUGCCAGAAUAUGGCAAUGGUGGCGUCAAAAUGCGCGACCGACGUGAAGGGGGCACUGGGGGCGCGCCAUCCCGACCUACUAGUCUCAUUGAGGGUGGUGAUGGGGGCGUGAUGGACUCUAAUUACCUCACCGGAUGUUCCCAGCUUAGUCCAACUGCCUCCACGGACUCCCGCGACGAUCUCUUCACUCCUGAAACCUCUCUUUCACGGACCUCAAGCAAGGAGGUCCUGGAUGCCUUCUCGCGUCCUCGUGCCAACAUCGGCAUCUCAUUCCCUCGUGUGGGAGCCUCCACCACUCCUAAAAUUGACGACAUCAUGAGAGCUUUUGAACGCCAUGACAUGAGGAAGCGCGGAGGAAUAGGAGCAGGAUCGUCACAUCCCCGCAUGUCGUCUCUGGAUUCAACGAACAGCGAUGAGGGUUUGAUUGGGGCGCAUUAUGGCUCCGUGACAUCCCUGGCCUCAGGACAGCGCGACCAGUACGGCUCUAUCACCUCUCUCGCCUCCUCCACAUCCCUUAUAUCUCCACAGGAACUGGCUCAGCUAAUUGAGGAAGCUAACCAGUCACUGGAGGAAUCUGGGACGCCAUCUCAUGAAAUCCUGGUGGUGGUGCUGCACAGGGAGAUUGUCGGCCACGGCUCCAUCGGCAUCACUCUGGCAGGCGGCGCGGACUAUGAAACAAAGGAGAUUACGGUGCACAAGGUCAUCCCCGGCAGCCUGGCUGAUCGUGAUGGCCGCAUCCAGCGUGGAGACAGAGUCCUUUCCAUCAACGGCAAAAAUCUUCGAGGUGUGUCCCACAAGGAGGCUCUUAGUAUACUUAAGUCACCAAGACCAGAGGUUGUACUUGUGCUAUCCAGAAGUCGUUCAGUUACUCCACAAGAGUCAAACAUGACAGAAUCCGAUGGGAACUUUAUCCACCGUCCGUCCCUCAUCAACCACGUCACUUCUCCAAGGCCUCCCAAGAUCCUAGAGUCACCAAUGGACAGCAAAAGCCUCAUUUCAGAUGUAGCAGCAAUGUCAGUCCCCAGAGGUCCUCCAUUCACCAUUACCUUGGUGAAAGAUGGUGCUGGUCUUGGAUUCUCACUGGAGGGUGGCAAAGAUUCACCUUUGGGUGAUCGUCCUCUUACUGUGAAGAAAAUAUUUAGUGGUGGUGCAGCAGACAAGGGUGGUAUUCUCAAGGUGGGCGAUGAGCUGGUCAGUGUAAACGCAGUUGAUGUGACAGGGAUGGCACGUAUUGAGGCUUGGAACUUCUUGAAAAAGUUACCAGAUGGCACAGUUACUCUUGUGCUAAGACAAAAAUUGGAUGGUUCCUCAGCAAAGAAUGAAGAAUAAACUUAAGAAUAUUAUAUAGAAAUGUAACUAAUGUGCAGUUAUUUUCUGUCAAAGUGUAUUUUAAAUUUUUGUUCAUUUGAUUUAUGUGGUGAAUUAUACUUUUAUCAUAUGUCAUUGACAUUAAACUCAAAAUAUCUUUUGAACAGGAUGUAUUGUGGAACAGUAUGUAUUGUGUCUGAAAUAUCAAAGAAUAUAAUGUCUGUAAUUUUAAGAGAUUUCAGAAAAUUUUGUAUCCUAUUAUGUUUCAUGUUCAUUUAUUGAGGUAUUUAAUUAUUCUUUUCAUUGGUAUAAGUGAUAAACAUAUCAUUCAUAAUAAAUGUGAGAUAUUUUCAUGUCAUUGUUUUCAGUUCAGUUUAUCAAGGAAUAUUUUAAGAAUGUGGAACAUCUAUCUUGGUCAUUACAAUAAUAAGGAUGCUGAGGACUUUGAAAUUGAAACUCAGCAAAACAAGCCUCUGUAAUACAUUCACUUUGUUCUCACUUUUGUGAUGUAUUAAGUAAACAACUGGAACAGAGCUACAGAGACAGUGGAUCAGUUUUAAUUAACAGUUCUGAAUAUGAUAAUGCUAUUAAAGAGCAAAAUCAUUGCUAUUUUAAUUGUAAUGUGCACCAGUCAAGAAGUUUUUAUGUUUGAUUAUUUACAUGUAUGUAUACAACAUUCAGUGUUUUCAUUUACUUCAUUUUUUCACAUACCUCCAAAUAUAUGAUAUGCAUUUAAUUUUCCUAUAUAUUUAAUAUCUGAAUUUUGUACUAAGACCUUGCAUAAUGAAGGAUAAUGAAUAAGUGGUAUGAUCUUACAGUGAUAAUUUUAUUGAGACUUUGCAUCAUAGCUCAUCUUCUUGAAAUGUUAUAUGUACUUACAUUGGGAAAGAUUUAUGCACAUUAGGUACAUAGGAAUAAUAUAGAAAAGUUGGAUUCUCAUUGUGCAGUGACUGCAUAUUGCAGUUUUCUUGUGAUCAUUAUGAUAGACUGGUGGAGGUACAAGAUUAGAAAUGGAUAUGGACAGUGGUGCUAUGGUAGAGGCUGUAUCUGGAUUGUUUAGCAGUCUCUCCAAGUUUUCAGAGAUUCCACAAGUUAUGCCUUUCACACAACCAAUGAGUGGCAGUGAAGACCUAGUGGGAUCUGAGGAGUUGGUGCAUUCCACAUUAUAUGCCAACCCUCAUCUGUGAUAGGUGCAUUUCUUUAUGCUGGUGGAUGGAUCAAGUUUUCAUCCUAGGACUUGGGGUUGUAUUGCAAAGACACGCACAACCUUUUCCUAUAUGUUAUAUGAAGACAGCACAUAGUUCCAUCUGCAUACAUGAAUGUCACCAUAUUCUUACUUCUGUCAUUAUUAUGUUAUGUACAUCAUUUUACCCUUUAAGAUAACAUCAUCCUUUUCUGUUCAUUAUAGUAUUAUUCAUUGAUCUACAUUAGGAUUUCCUGGGUGAAUGGAUAGCAUUUCACAGACUACAUACAGUAACUGUAUCUUCUUAUUCUUAGUUUGCUUUCAUGUAUGUACUAUUAUUUGUUUUAGAUUUUAUCCAUACUCUCUUGAAGAUUAGAAGAGAAAAGGUCUAAACAGUGACUGAAAUUCUAUUAGAUGCACACACCAAUGAUUAGGCCAUGUUUGUUGUGUGCAACGUGCCAGCAAUCCUUUGAAGAUGCUUUCAGCAAUGUUUUGUGACAGCAUUGCCUGAUUACUUUUGUAUUAUAAUGUACAUAGUAUUUUUAUAAAGAUUCAUUCAUUACAUAAUCAUAUAUUGCUUUCAUAUUAAACUUACUAUUUGCAAUAUUGUAUAAGGUAUUGUAUUUAACCUUGUGGCCAACAAAAAGUGAUGGAAGGUUUUUAUUUUUGUUUGAUUUUUCUCUCUCCAUAUCAUUUUAUCAUGAUGUGAUUAGGCAGAAACCUUUAUGAUAAAUCACUGCAACAGUUGUACAUACAUCACUAAUACCUUGGGAUUCUGCUUUGAAUAUGCCGGGUAUGCUUCUUUAGUAUAUCCAUUGUUUUGUGCUUUUUUUGAGAAAUGAAUCUGUUAUUUGUAUAUAACAUCAGAAUAAUGAGCAUGUUAUUAGUGCCUCAGCUUUAUAUGGGAAAGCGGACCAAAUAAAAAUAAUGAGAAGUUA